GGGGAGCUUUCUGGGCUCCGGCUACAGCUUGGGUUACCGCAACGCGCAGUUGUGGUCUGACAGAUUUUGCCUAGGCUCUCUACGCAAAUCAUUGAAAAAGAUCUGAAAUCGGCCAAUUUGUCUCGACCAGCAAAAUUCAGUGUUUUGUGAGUAGAAGAGAAGAAACGAAAAGGAAAAGAAAAGAUAGGCCCAACCUUACCCGAGCUUCUCGUCCACUCCCUCCAGUACACACAUUUCAGAUUCACACGAUGGCGAACAAGCUGAAUUUGCCUGCUAGCCAGCGGAUACCGCCAAUAGCCGCACCUUUCGUCUCGGACAGGGCGAAGAAGACUCUCGACCUUGUCGAGAAGUUCGUCGAGGAAGAAUGCAUGCCCGCCGAGGCCGUGUUUGCGCAGCAAGUCGGCAAGACGACCGAAGAGCGCUUCAACGCACACCCACAGAUCAUGGAGGAGCUGAAGGCCAAGGCGAAGAAGCUCGGUCUAUGGAACAUGUUCCUUCCAAAGAACCACUUCAAGGAGGGCGCUGGCUUCUCUAACUUGGAGUACGGUCUCAUGGCCGAGAUCCUGGGCAAGAGCCCCAUCGCCAGCGAGGCCACGAACUGCGCUGCCCCGGACACUGGCAAUAUGGAGGUUCUCGCCAAGUACGGCACGGAGGAGCAGAAGAAGAAGUGGUUGGUUCCGCUUCUAGAGGGCAAGAUCAGAUCGGCCUUCUUGAUGACGGAGCCUGAAGUCGCGUCUUCCGAUGCGACCAACAUCGAGUUGAAGAUCCAUAGAGAGGGCAACUCCUGGGUCCUCAACGGUCAGAAAUGGUGGUCAUCUGGCGCGGGCGACCCGCGCUGCGAGAUCUACAUCGUCAUGGGCAAGAAUGACCCCAACAACCCUGACCCGUACAAGCAGCAGUCCGUCAUCCUCGUCCCGCACAACACGCCCGGAAUCACCAUCCACCGCAUGCUCAGUGUGUUUGGCUACGAUGACGCCCCGCACGGACACGGCCAUAUCACCUUCAAGAACGUCCGUGUGCCACUUGAGAACAUUGUGCUCGGCCCUGGCCGCGGCUUUGAGAUCAUUCAGGGCCGUCUCGGCCCGGGACGUAUCCACCACGCGAUGCGCUCCAUCGGCGCUGCUGAGCUCGCAUUGGACUACUUCCUCGCCCGUAUCAAUGAUGAGCGCAAGAAACCAUUCAAGAAGCUUCUCUCCGAGCAUGGCAUCAUGCUCGAGCGCGUGGCACAAUCCAGAAUCGACAUCGACUCUGCACGUCUCGUCGUUUUGAACGCCGCCAUUGCUAUCGACAAUGCGAACGCCAAGGCUGCGCUUAAGGAGAUUGCCAUCUCCAAGAUCCUCGUUCCAAAGACUCUGCUCGAGACCAUCGACAAGGCUAUCCAGGCCUACGGCGGUGCUGGCGUGUGCCAAGAUACCCCCCUUCCUAGAAUGUAUGCUAGUGGCCGUACUAUGAGGAUUGUGGACGGUCCAGACGAAGUCCAUAUGUUGCAGCUUGGCAGAAAUGAGAACAAGAGAGGCAAAAUUGUUGCGGAGAAGCUUGCGAGGCAAAAGGCGGCCUCCGAGAAACUGCUGGAGAAAUACGGCCUCAGCAAGAAGGAUCCCCUGUACCUUGGCCGUUCCACGGGUGAAUCUUCCAAACUGUAGACAUAGAAAUGAAUUCAAAAUGAGAAGAUGCUGUGUGUUCAUAGGCGACAAAGUUCUAUACAAUAUAAAAUAUCUGUUUCCGGCAAAGUCGACCUACCUGUUUGCAAGGAACAAUAGUUGAUAUUGAAACAUGGAAGUGCAGGUGGAAAUGACAACCAAUCACUCAUAACAAACUCUUACCGGGUGGUGAGAGGGGCUAUCAAAUCCGAAGUUUGUGUAGCGCAACCCUAGCUGGCCUAUCUGGACGUAGAGAUAAAAGUACAUAAUUUUUUUG